CCGUCGCUAUACCCACAACAAAAAUAAGGCUAUUUUUCCUAAAUUUUUUUAUUCUGUGGUACUAUUAGAGAAAAAGAAAAUGUCGCGUAUUGGACCUAGUCUACCUCCCCACCUACAAAAAGCGUAUGAAAAUGACGCAGAUUCGAACUCCGAUGAUGCUGAUCUAUAUGGACCAGCACUUCCUGCCCAUUUGAGACAACCGAUGCACAACAAUGCAUCGAGUAUCUCUUGUGAAAAAAAAGCAACAAUCACUGAAGAAAGUGAAUCAGAAUCUGAUGAUGACAGAGUUAUUGGACCCUUGCCAGCAAACUGUGGGGAUUCUGAACAUAGUUCAUUUGUUGAUGUUGAACAAAGAUCCCUUAAAAUGAAAAGGAAAUUACUUGGGGCUGAUGAAGAUGAAGAAAGCAAACAGCCUAAAAGAGAAGACUGGAUGAUUGAACUUCCAGAGCUUAAAAGGAAAAAUUUUGGGUUGGGCCCACGUGCAUUCAAUCGGUCUGAAAAGCCAGAGGUUGUUGGCAGAGAUCAAUGGACUUCAACUCCAACUACCAAGGCUAGUAUAUCCAAAGAAAAAGAUGAUUUUGAUGGGGAAAUGAGGAAGCAAUACUUAGAACAAAAGAGGAAUCAGAAGCUAGAGAAAGUUGUAGCAGAGCAUGAUAAAACUAAGAGAUCUGAGAGUCUUCUGAAGAUGCACCAAAAAGAAUUGAAAAAAAUGAAAGACAAUCUUUCCAAACCUACUGAAAGGAAACCUUUUAAUCGGGACGAAGAUUUAAAACUCAACAAGCUUGACGACGCAAAACGAAAAUCAUUGAUAAAAAAGUCUCAUGAAUUAAACUCAAAAUUCAAAAUCGGAAACCAAAAGUAUCUUUAGGACACUGGCAGCUUGAUCACAGCCACUGUGUUUGAGCUGAUUUCGGAUGCUUGGAGUAUAUCGUUGUGGCUUGAACUGUAACUCAGUUAAUUUCGAAACAUGAGACUUUGAACCACAAGUGAAA